GGAAGACGAGAAUCCGGCUCACUCACCAGAACGUCGCCUAUGUAGUCUCCUCGUCCAACAGGAAAUAUGCAAUUAUCCAGAGGCAGUUUUUCCCAUAGCUUCGGCGUCGCCAUGGGACCAGCAUUGCUAUUGGCUGCGGCCGUUUUCCUGGGGACUUGCAGCACCCACGCCGCGGUCUCCGAUGAGCUGACGUGGUGGAACAUCGAGAGGUUCCUCAGGGAAUUUGUGAAUGAAGGUCUUGGAGCCAACAAGCUGCAGGAUUACUUAGACAACGAAUUUGAGUGGAAGAACCGAGAAGUGGAUGGCAGGGAGACACUAAACAAGAUCAGAAGCAGUGCUGUGACUCUUUUUCAAGCGACGAUCAACAAUUUACGGAAUUUGAAAGCGACUGUUGAAGCAGUGUACACAGACUGGCCCGCCUUCACCCGUCAAAAUAUAUCCGACAGCGAAUUCUGCUGUGGGACGGAUGAGCCUCCUCGCACCGGUUGCGCGGUCCUGGCCACGCGACUCGACCCAGGGGCUGCCGUCCGCGCUGUGAGGCCGCCGGACCCCGUUUUAAGGCAACUGCAGAGAAUACCCAAGUUUACGACCAAAACCAGCACUAUAUCGCCCUCGAGGAUGGAAGUCUGUUCAUGCAUCCUCCCAAAUCCAAGGACAAGCUAUAUUUCUACACGCAGUCCAAGUCUCCCGAGCCAAGAAGCGUGGUGGUGGUCGUGGACGGCGGGAUGGAGCGGAUCGCUGCUGGAACACGCCGUUAACAAGGUCUACAACGAACUCUCGCCCAUAGAUCGAGUGAGAGCAGGAAUUGACAAUUCACCACAACGCAUCCUCCACUUCAGCAACGACCGCAGUGUCUCGUCCAAGGCAUCCCGAUCGCUCGUUAGCGGCUCCUGCAGGCUAGUCCACUGCACAUUGCCUUCUGCGCCUCCUACGGUUUCCAUCACGGCCUUUGCGCCUGGGAUAUAA